CACACCACCUUUCAGAGCUGCUAUCUGCUACAGCCUCACGUAAAACAAGGCUACUUGACGCGUUCUGUGGAAGGACAGUUAGGGGUUCGCGGAGCUCACAUGACUCUCGCUGCGCGGGCCAAAGGCCCCGCAGCCCUUUCCGCUAGUUUGGUAGCGUUGUUGUACACUGUUAAUGUCAAUUGAAGCCAAGACUUAGGUCACCGUGAUUCGUGGAAUCUUUACCGCACUGCACGGGAGCUGCUAACGCGGAUAGACUUCGUUGCUGUCCGGAAGCUUAGGAGAGGGAGACGCUCCUAACCGGGCCCAGGUCUUUUGGCUUCGUAGCCGCGGGGCUUUGCUGCCGGGCGUCCGUGGCGCACAGGCGCGCAGUCCUGCGUCCACCUCGCUAGCUGGGCUGACAGCUGCCACGCCGGCGCAGCCGGGAACCAGCAGCCAGCUUUUCCGCUUGCUACCCCUCUCCAGCUACCCAGCUACCAACCCAGCAGCCUAGCCUAGCCUAGCCCAGCCUAGCCACAAUGCCGCCACUUCCGACGUUGUGGGACCCGGCGGGUGCGGUGGACAAGCUGCCGCAGCCGUUCCGCAUGAUCGACAAGAUCCUGGCGGACAUCGUGGAGCAGGUGGUGGACAUGAUCGGGACACGAGAGUCGCAGAGGCGGGCGGAGGACGCGUCGCGCGUGGACCUGACGUUCGCCCCGCACGCGGUGAUGGAGGUGGCGCCGGAGACAUGCUGCUUCCUGCCCAUUGGCAUCGCCGGCAUUGCGGCGGUGGCGAUGCCUGACGGCGAGGUGCAAGUGCGCAGCGCGCGCGACCCCUCCAUCUGCUUUUCGGACCGCACGCACACAUCGCCGGUCACAGCAAUGGAGGCGGGCAUGGCGGUGUGCACCAGCGGGCGGCUGCUGGCGGCGGCCUCGCGCACCGCCCUCACGCUGCACGAGGUGGACAUCAAGACGUGCGAGAUCAGCCUGCUGGCCACGGUGCCGCUGCCGGCCGACCCCGACGACACCUCGCCGCCGGUGCGACUGCACUGGAGCGACAACCUGGGCCACCUGGCCGUGUGCCGCCGCAGCGGCGCCCUGGCGCUGUUCACGCUGUCGUUGCCGCCGCCCAAUGUGAGCCUGGAGAGCGUGGGAGCCUUCGUGGCGCUGUCGCUCAAGGCGUUCGGCGAGACGCGCGUGGAGGAGCUGCUGCGUGUGCCCGCCGCCACCGUGCGGGCCUUCUGCCUAGGCAGCGCCGCGGUGGGGCCCAGCAACCUGGUGUGGCAGCUGCAGCAGCGGCCGGACAAGAGCCCGCACUCGGAUAGGUACCACAAGAGCGCUCGCGGCGCCUACGUGUGGUGGGAGGGCGCCAACCGGCUGCUGCUGCUCGACUUCGAGGCCGCAGCAGGCGCAGCCGCCGCCGCCGGCGGAGCCGGAGGCGCAGUCGUGCCGCCGCCGGAGGUGGAGGCCGCUGUCAAGGCCGGUGCGGCCGGAACCAGCAAACCCUCCACUCCCGCCACCAAGGCUGCUAGCAGCAAAUCCGUGGCGCCGCCUGGGGAGGCCUCCAGCCUGCUGACGGCGUCGGCUUCGGCAGCGGCGGCGGCCUACGCGGGCCCGGAGCGGCCGCCCGAGGUGCCGCAGAUUGCGCCCAUGGCUCGUGAUUGGCUGCUGCCGCACGACGUGACGGCGGCCGCCACCACCUCGGACCACAAGACCAUGGCGUGGGGGCUGGCGGACGGGUCGGUGGUCAUAUGGGACGACCGCUCCUGCUGCAGCACCAAGGUGCUGCCGCGCCUCAAGGGCGGCAUCACGGCGCUGUCCUGGGUGAACGGCGUGGCGCACAAGCUGGUGUGCGCCAGCGCGGGCGGCCACAUCUUCAUAGCGGACGUCAUCAAACCAGAGGACUCCAGUCAGAAGCCCUACGAGUUCCCGCAGGCCAUUCAUGAAGUCCACACGCUGCCGAAUGAGCCCUUCGCGCUGUGCAUCUGCCGCGGCCACACCUCGUCCGACGGCGAGAUAGCCUCCACACACCGGGGCGGCCGCGGCGGGCCCAGCAUCCUCAGCACCAUGUCUGGCCAUGGCCCCGGCGGCGGCGGCCACGACGUCAUGCGCGUGCCCCCCCAGCGGCCCCGCGUGUUCUGGUACAACGUGCUUGAGGAGAAGCCAGUUGCGGAGCUGAUGGGCCCUCGCGCAGAGCAGGGCUUCGGCCUCGCCUGCUGCGUGCCGCCGCCGCCCUCGCUCGCGCCGCCGCCCCCGCGCCCCGACACCGCCGCCACCGAUGCCGGCGCAGCUGAUGGCAAGUCCGCCGCUGCAUCCGCCGCCGCCACGCCGGCGCCUGGCGCCGCGCCCAAGGGGAAGGGCGGCGCAGCCGCGCCUGCCCCUCCCAGUGGUGGUGGCGGUGGCGGCGCAGCGCCCGCUGCCUCGCAGGAGGCGCCCUCGGAGCCGGCCAUGAGCGAGGCGCAGCGCGCACUGAUCAAGGCGGCCCUGGACGCCAUGGGCGCGAACAGCACCACGCCGGUGCUGGUGCCCGUGAAGCUGCACGUGCCGGCGGGCCAGGUGGUGUCGUACCCGGCCUGCGUGUUCCGGGACACCUACCUGCUGGCGGGGGGAGACGUGGUGGACAAGGUGGUCCGCAGCAACUUCGCGGACGACGACGCCGUGCCGCAGCGCGUGACGCAGCUGUACAUGUACAAGGUGGACGCGUUGCUGCGGCACCUGCUGCCGGAGGACGAGUCCACCAGCCGGCUGGGCAAGGUGGUUCUGGACCGGCUGCUGGCGGACCUGGAGGCGCCCAAGAUGAACAGGAAGAAGGGCAAGCGCGUGAAGAUGGAUGUGGAGGACCCGGACGCGCCCAAGCUCAGCUCCGCCAUGCGCAAGCCCGACCCCUUCGACACCACCGGCAGCCGGCCCGGCUCCCGCGCCGCCAACCGCCACAUCACCUUUGGCGGCGGCGACGCGGACGGGCUGUUUGACGACGUGCUGGAAGGCGGGCGCGCCAAGCCCAAGAAGGAGACCAAGGUGUUCCCCAAGGAGACCAAGAAGGGCCUCAAGACCGGGCCGGGCGACGUCAAGAUGAUCGACAAGAAUGCGAGCGGCCGGCCCCGCCUGGCGCCGCUGGACCUGGAAAAGGCCAAGGAGGCGCCGCUGCCCUUCAGCGAGCGCAGCCAGUCACCGCCCUGGCACCACACGAACCCGCUCGCGCGCAUACACCCCGACUGGGAGGAGGCGCCCGUGCUGGUGCGCAUCAUGGACCGCAUCGGCUCCAAGGGCGGCGGCCGCAAGCGGCGCGACAAGCGGCUGGAGGCGCUGACCACCGAGCUCAUGACUAAGUACUCCAAGGAGGCGGGCGCCAAGCCCAACCUGCUGGUGCCCACUUGAGAGAGUGAAGCGACAGUUGGGGACUGGGGGCUGGGGGACGAGGAUUAGUCCAGCGACCAGGGUUUAGUUGAGGUCAACCCUCUGCGUUAUCUUAGCUUCAGGCGGGCUCCAUUUGCAGCGUUUUCGCCGUGGUUUAUGAUUCUUUCUCUCCUCCCGAAGGGGCUGGAGUUUGCCAGCUGGAUGGGAGUCGCACGCGCAGUGCGAGACGAAGAGCGGAUAGUGUUCUUUCAAUAGUAAUUGCGUGUUGUGUUCGUGUCUAUAACGCCACAGCUGCUCAGGGCAUUUUGGGUCGCUCGAGGGCAGAAGACCGGACUUGUCGGGAGACUUGAACGACCAAGUUUGCCGCUCGAAAGCUUGAUCAAGGCUUCGUCAGCUCUAAAAUGAAUCCCUUGACGUCCUGGCAUAUGUCGGGAUGCUCUGGGCUCCCGAGUGAAGGUCCAGUGCACCAUCAGCAAUGCUGCGAACAGCCAAAUGAGUUAUGGAGCUGGUACUAUGGAUCGGAACGAUA